AUGGGCGAAGUACCUUACACUCUGUACUAUGCGAGUCAUUCUAUAUGCUCGAUCAUGGUACGUGUCACUUUCGCCUUGCGUGGGCCGCCCAAAGACGGCAAGGGUAUGCAGAUGAAAGAGCAGGAGGUGGAUAUCGGGGACAGGGCCGAGCAGAUCGAGGAGGAGUUCCUCUGCGACAUCAAUCCUGAAGGCUACGUGCCUGUUCUCGCACAUCCCCAGCUGCUUCCAAAGCCAAUGCCGGAGAGUGUCGACAUCACGCGCUACUUUGCUGAACACUACCCACGGCUUUGGCCCGAUGAGUAUGCUGAAGAGAUCGAGAGUCUCCUCGACGCUCUCCACCAGAUCAAUUUCUACGCCCUGACCUUUGGCGGCUUGCCCCACCGGGGCGAAGUUCUCCAGAAAUCCCUUCGCGCUAAGCUUGCCCAGCCAGGGAUUUCUGAUCGAUAUAGACGAGCCUUGGAGUACAAACUGGACCAACGCCAGGCGAUGGAGCUGAAUAUUCUUCCAGAGCAGGUCGCUGCGAACGAGGAGCGUUCACGCACAUUCAACGCCCAAAUAGAGGCGUUGAUGGCCAAGCACGCAGAUGGGAAAGACAACAAGUACAUCUACGGCGAAGAACCAACCGCCCUCGAUGCACACGUUCUUUGCUUCCUCUCCCGGCUCUAUGACAAGGGCAGGACUCAUCUCAUCUCGCCGAGGCUCCUCAAGUAUCUCAUGGACUUUAGAGAGGGAGACGCCUGGAGGGCUGUGGUGCCCUCGGGGAGCACGGUGCCCCUUUAUAUCGAAUAG